AUGAGUUCAAACACAACCCCCAUCGGGACCAAUGCCGAACCCCACAACUCAACAGCUCCAGCAACAACAGGCGGAAACGCCGCGGGACUCGACAGUGUUCUACCCAAGGUCGCUGGUGGUGCGCCCGCACGGAUAUACUUGAAUGAAAAAAUUACACCAUAUUUGCUGGAAGGGUUGAAGGAUAUUGCGAGGGAACAGCCACAGAAUCCGCUGAAAGUCCUUGGAGAAUACCUCAUCAAGAAGAGUAAUGAAGUCGAGCAGGGUCACAAUAAUGCACAAUAG